AUUUUCCAUAGAAAGAGCCCCAAAUUUGGAGGCAAUCGGGGAUGCUCUAACCUCUUAUCUCAGUCCCCAAAUUUGGUUGCUUGCAGUCGACGAUGGUCUAGGGUUUCGGUGAGCAAGAGCAGUAGCUCAGCUGCGGAAGCACCAUGGCCAUGAAAUUCCUUCUACUGCUUUUCUUGCUUAGCUUUCAUCUUCGUCUCGCAUUCUCUGGACAGAUAAGCAAGAUGGAGUCAGUUCCUGAUCUUCAGAGUUCAAUGUAUAUGACACUUGAUGGAUAUCCUUGUGUACGGCUACUCAAUCUUUCUGGGGAGAUUGGUUGUUCAAAUCCUGGAAGAGAGAAGGUUGUCGCUCCGAUUAUAAGAUUGAACAAUGCUACUGAGUUGUCUCAGUUAUCUGCAGUUCUGUUGUCAGUGGAUGAAAUUCAAAGUUUUCUUGCCAGAAUAUUGAAUGAUUCAAAUUUUGCUAAAAAUGUUGCCGGUGUCUUGGUUGAAUCCAGACCUGAGUUGCAAAAUCAGUUGAAAGGAUUCUCUCCAGCUCAAAAGUUCCCACAAUCUGAAUUUGCUUCUUACACUAGCAUCAACUAUGAAUGGAACCCAACUGGCUCUGGUAUAAUGUGGAACCCAUAUAACUUUCCUGUAUUCUUACUCUCGCAGACUAGCACAUUGACCAUGCAGGAGGCUGCCAUAAAGAAUCAGAAGAGCAAGAAAUCUUAUACUGAUGAUGUGGCUGAGUUUGAUCUGGUAAUGCAGACAAUGAAAUCUGGGACUCGUGAUUCCGAAUCUUGUCUAAAGGAAAACACUUGCCUUCCCUUAGGUGGAUACAGUGUUUGGUCAUCACUUCCCCCAAUCAACAUUUCAUCACCAGAACACUCCAAGCCCAUUAUACUUGUACUGGCGUCAAUGGAUUCAGCUUCUUUUUUCCGUGAUAAAGCACUCGGUGCUGACUCUCCUAUAUCUGGGCUGAUUUCAUUGCUGGCCGCAGUUGAUGCACUUUCUCGUGCGGAUGAUCUGGAUGGCUUCAAUAAACAGCUUGUUUUUGCUGUUUUCACUGGAGAGGCCUGGGGCUAUCUUGGUAGCAGGAGAUUUUUGCUUGAACUUGAUCUGCAGUCUAAUGCUGUUAGUGGUCUUAAUUACUCAUUGAUUGAGAAGGUUGUGGAAAUUGGAUCUGUCGGAAAGGGCCUCAGCCAAGGAGCUAAGAACUUUUUCAUUCAUACAACUGCGGUUUCAUCUUCCACAAAUGAGACAUUGGAUGCUGUGAGGCGUGCCCAAGAUUCAGUCAAGUCUGAAAACAUUACAAUCUCAUCUGCAAAUGCUUCAAAUCCUGGGAUACCUCCAUCCUCCUUGAUGACUUUUCUGAGAAAGAACUCUCUAACCUCUGGGGUUGUGUUGGAAGAUUUUGAUAAUGUCUUCACCAACAAGUUCUACCACAGUCACCUUGAUGAUUUAUCAAAUAUCAACUCAUCAUCCAUUGCGGCAGCUGCUUCCCUUGUAGCACGCUCCCUUUACAUUCUUGCAAGUGACACCAAAAAUCUAAGCAGUUCUGCUCUGAUGUCUAUCAACGUGAAUGCUUCACUAGUUGAAGAACUAGUGGGUUGCCUGGUGGACUGUGAGCCAGGUCUUUCUUGUGAUCUGGUGAAAAGCUAUAUAUCACCAGCCAAUACCUGCCCGAGCCAUUAUGUUGGCGUUAUACUUGAUGAACCUUCCUCCACACCUGAUCUGGGAUACGUUGGUGACAUUUCAAGGUUCGUUUGGAACUUCCUGGCCGAAAGAACUUCUAUUCCGAAGGAAAAUGCAAGCUCUGUUUGUACUCAAGACUGCAGUAAUGAUGGUGAAGUAUGUAUUAGAGCAGAAACAGAGGGAAAGGGUGUCUGUGUUGUCUCCACAACCAGAUAUGUUCCGGCAUACUCAACACGGUUGAAAUUUGAAUCUGGUGGAACGUGGACUGUGUUGCCUCCGAAUAACUCUGACCCCAUGGGGCAGUUGGACGCUGUUUGGACAGAGAGCAACUGGGAUGUGAUCGGGCUUCGGGUCUACACUGUCCAAAAUUCUUCUUUCGAUCGUCUCGUCUUACUCGGGAGCAUUGCCGUUACAGUCUUGGCUUACUUUGCAAUAGUGAUUUUCAAGGGCUGCGUGACGAAGGCUUUAAAACGCGAUUGAUAAAGAUGAAAUUGCGUAGAUCAGUGAUAUGUUUUGUUUUGUUGUUACAGUUGCAUGCAUGGAAAUACUAGAGCAUUGCCGUUACUGUAAUACUGUUCAAUGUCUCUUAAAAUCUUGAUAUCUUCGCUUUUGAAAAAGUUUGUGCUCAUUAAAAGUGCUUUUAAGAUGGAUAGUGCUUUUGCUGAAAGUAUUGUGGAUUCUAAGA